GUUGCCCUCACCCAGGAAUGGUACGACUUCCUGAUUUACACCUUCCUGGGCGGCGUGAUUACCAAGCUGUUCUUCCCCAAGAAUAAUAUGUAUGCACAGAUGAUUGCUUUUUACGGCGUCUUCGCGGCGGGCUUCGCCACUCGGCCGCUGGGCGCCCUAGUGUUCGGCAUCAUCAGUGAUCGCUACAGCCGCAAGACGGCCCUCAUGUUGAGUAUCAUUAUCAUGUCCAUUCCCACCGCGCUGGUGGGCUGCCUGCCCACAUACCACCAGGCGGGCCUGGCCGCUCCGGUGCUGCUGGUGGUUAUGCGGGUGCUGCAGGGCUUCGCAGUGGGUGGGGAGUUUACGUCCACUAUGGUGUUUCUCGUGGAGCACGCACCACCUCACAGCCGGGGGCUACACGGCAGCUGGGCCUUUGCAAGCGUCAUGGUGGGUGUCAUCGUGGGUAGCUUGGUGGCGAUGGUGUUUAACUUGGCCCUGAGUGAGCAGGCGCUCAUGUCCUGGGGCUGGAGGGUGCCCUUCCUGCUCAGUAUCAUAGGCAGCGGCGUGGGCGUGUACAUACGCAGGCACCUGCGCGACCCUGUUUCUGAGGAGAAAGAGGAGCUGCAUCACCACGGGGGCAGCUCCCGGCGGGGGCCCCUUCGACGAGUGGCCAGCGGCAUCUUGGAAGUGGUGUUGCUGGAUUUCAUGAACGCGCUGGGCUUUUACCUCAUCGUCAUCUUCUUACCGCUGUAUAUGCAGAACUUUGCGCACCUUUCACGCGGCGCGGCGCUGUCCGUCCAUACCGCCAACAUGGUCCUAUAUUUGGGCCUCAUUCCCCUGGGCGGCUGGCUGUCGGACAAGUACGGCCGCAUGCGGGUCAUCUUAGUGCCGGCGCUGCUCAUGGCGCCGGCGGCCUACCCGCUGUGGUGCCUGUUCAAGACGGGCAAUGUGGGAGCGGCGUGGUUUGCUCAGGCGGUGCUGGUAGUCCUCAUGGCCACCUUUACAGGGGCACUGCCCGCCACCUUCGUGGCGCUGUUCCCCGCGGAGUACAGGUGCACGGGCCUGUCCAUCGGUCACAACAUCAGCAUGGCGGCCUUUGGCGGCACCGCCCCCAUGAUGGCCACAGGGCUGCUUCAGGGCACUAGGGACAUAGCCUCGCCCUCGGCGCUACUCACCAUCUCCGCUGCGCUCACGGCAGGAGGGGCCCUUUUGUUGCGGAGAUGGAGAAUCUGGUAG